AUGGACGCGUACCAUGGCGCCUGCUACAGCGCGCUCCUCUUGCUCCUUCUCGUAGCGCUCAUUGAGGCGACGGUCCCGGACGUACUGCUGCACUCGAUGUGGAGUGCGACGACGACGGCGACGACGGCGCUCACUACGCCCGGGAUCUGGGUCGACGUGCCCGGCGCGAGCAUCCCGGCCUUUCUCGCGCUGCCCAUGACGCUACUUGUCACGUACUCAGCAACUGUGUACCCGACCUCGGCGCAGCCGCCCGUUGCCAUCAUCGACAAGACCCGCCCGCCCGGUGCCGACGACCUCAUCUCGUUCCGCCUUCUAGUCGACGGGUCGCCGAUGCGGGCGUCGGGCGGCCUCGUCGGGC